AUGAUUCCAGGUGUAAUGGUAAAGUACUAUGGAGCGAUGGCGUUCUUCUUCACCGUCACAUCGUUGCUGACUGUUGGCUCAUUCGUGAAUCGGGGUGCUUUUGUUAAUCCUCUUGCACCAGUGGAAGCCUACUGUUACGGCAUCAUUGGGGCUUCCCGACUGUUGUUGCUGCUCGCGGCGGAGACGAUCGGCGGUUUCAGCGCAUUCCGACUGGCUCGGUCGCUCUGGUGGUACUCCCUUUCGUACUCUACCGCUCAUCUGGAGAACUUUAGCAACUCCACCUGCACACUCAACUAUAAGAUCACCUUUCCGUUAGUGGUCGCCUUUGAAUUGGCUGGUAGCUUCCUGCUUCGUCUCAUUCUACCGAAUUUGCCCGCUCGCGGCAAGUCUUACACCCUGUCGGCGGUAGUGGCCGCGUUCUUGUCGUUCGCGUUGGUAUAUGUCGGUGUUCCGGGCUUAAAUCCUGUAGUAGCGUCGUCGCGGUUGUUCGGUUGCGAUGGAAUUGAUGCACAAUGGUUUAUUCUCGUCUACUGGCUGUGUCCAGUUGUUGGUUGGUUGCUUGCCGCUGCCUUGGAGAAGUCAAUGAGAAGGAAGUUCAUGGAGAAGAAGAGCAAUUAG